UGUCAAGAUGGAGGGUUGUAUGCUGGGAUUUAUGCUCCACCAAGUUUGCUAUAAACAUGGCUGUCCUCUGCUCCACUUCAUUCAGCCCUCAUACUGCUGGGAAGAUAUUAACGCUGCCCCUUUGGAGGAGAUUUGGAGUCCCUGCAGGUGUUCUGGCGCUCUGGGCCCUAAUCACGCAUGUGAUGUAUGUGCAGGAUUACUGGAGGACCUGGUUAAAAGGGCUGAGGUUCUUCCUCUUCAUCGGGAUCCUCUUCUCUGCUCUCUCCGUGGUGGCAUUUUGCACAUUCCUUGUUCUGGCCAUCACCAAGCACCAGUCCCUGACUGACCCCAGCAGCUACUACCUGUCGUGUGUCUGGAGUUUCAUCUCCCUGAAAUGGGCCUUCCUGCUCAGCUUAUACUCACACCGGUACAGGAAUGAGUUUGCAGACAUCAGCAUCCUCAGUGACUUCUGAAGCUUGGACUUAAUUCUGUCGGAAGCUGCUAAUGUUUGACUGGGCUUUUGGAGCCCUGCACUGGAAGGAGGCUGCGAAGAGGCAGAGAGUAGGAGCCAGCCCAGCUCUGCAUGACUUGUCUGUCUGCAGUAGGGGUUUUCCCUAAUUGCUUUUAUUCAACCACUUAAUUUGGCUAAUUAUGUCAAUCUAGUGUUUUUGUUAUCCUCCAGGGAGUCCGUGUGUCUGGCAAUGAGUCAAGAAGUUCCAUGCACUCACAUGCAGCAGGCCUCAAUUUGCUAUCUGCAUUGCUCUGCUGUUAUCGUAAACCAGUGACUUUCAAACAGGAAAGUUGCAGAUUAGCCUGUGGAUGCAGCACCUGGUUAAGAACUGGGUAUCUUUCUCUUAGCCAAUGAUUCACCAGCCUGCUCGUGGGGGUGCCUGGGGUUGCUUAGCAGAGGCCCAUGCCCUGGGAAGGGAUGUUUUUAUUCUCACAGGGUGGUUUGAGCAGGGGGUGUAUGUUCUUUCCCAGCACUGAGGAGGACAAACCCAUCAAUACCUCCAUGCCAGCCCUCCAAACCUUCAGCAUUUCAUUGUGCUGCUUCAUGUAAACAGUAGGGCUAAGAAUAAGGCAUGGUGCCGGCUCUACCCUGCUAUUUAGAGCACAUGCAUCCCCUUGUGCAGGCCAGAAACAAGAAGUCAGCAAUGCAGUGUCAGUUGUCUCAAACAGAGGUCACUGAUGGGGGAAUCCAGUGCUGGAGAGGAUCAGUGCUAGCUGAGCAUUGCACCCUGUUACAUUGUGCUGCCUGUUAAUCCAGGAUCAUUCUCAAAGGAAACCAUUUUAUUACAGCACUUGAGAGAGAUGUAGCAAGUGACAUCUGACCUGUGGGUAGUGGGUGCCCUGGGCAAGGGUCUGGGCUGUUUGAGUCUCAGAAGGGUUGUGAAUGUGUGUGAUUCAUUGUUUUAAAGCAGUCUGUCUCUUAAUGGCCGUGAAGCAUUUGGAGGGCAUUGUGUGUGCUUCUGUUCCUGUAAUGAUUCUUGUUCUGUUCCACUGUAAACCUAAUUCUGACCUACCACUAUGGACCAUUAGUGCUGAGUGGCUCCAGCUAGCAUGGGGGAGACACGCAAGAGAUCAGCACAUCUGUGUGUCCUGCAAAGGCCAGACCAGCUGUAGAUUGCUGGCUGCCGCUCGGUGGAGGUGGCUUCUUCCUGCUGGAGCCUGGUAUAGGGCACAUAAGUCACUAGCAGUUUGCCUGGGGUACUAAAGUUCUACAAACGUAUGCUCUUGAGCAUAAGAUGGGCCCCCACUCACCUACAGCUGGAUGAAAUUGCUGAUGGGAAAUGGGUUGCAGGAGCACAGCAGAGGAGACCAGGUGACGAAGCUACCCUGGCUCUUCUCCAAGUUUGAAAAAUACAUUGGAAUGUACCCAGUAGGCAGCUUGAGCAGAUCUCCAUGGCAAGUGUCACCAGCGUAAUGCACUGAAUCGGUGCCCUAUGGUAGGUCUGAACUUCACGGGACCUGCUAUGGGAGAAGUCACACUGAGUGCUCCUCCCCCUCUGCUCGGGGAAGGCUCUAGCACUGAGAUUUUGCAGUGUCAGCUCUUCUUUGACACUUGGACACUCUGAGUAGGUUUGAUGCUCUUUCACCCUUGUGUUUGAUCCUUGUUAAUAUUCACCCUGGGAAGCUUCACACUGCAGGCUGUUGCUUUCUUUCCUUCAGUUUCUUAUGCAUACACUUUCCGUUCAGGGCGGCUCUUGGCAUGAUUUGCUGGAAGUGUCUCAUCAGCAAGGGGCAGUUGGCAUUUCCUUUUUAAUAAAUUAAAAAAGCA